GGAUUAAAAUGCUCUUCAGUGAGAGCAAAUCUCUUCAGUUUCGUUUGAAAAUUCAUUAAGAAAAGAUGCUGAAAAAGACAAUAUAUUCAGUGAUUAUCCUUCUGGGAGGAGCUUUCUUAACUGAAGGGUUCACUGUAGAUGAAAGCCCUAAAUAUUCUUGCAUUUUGCCUGUAAAACCAGUCGAGUAUGGACAUUUUGCUCCUUUGGUUUACAAAGACAACGGACAACUGGCUUCUGCUACCAGCAAUGCAAUUUUAUUGAUGAAUGGUGAUAGAGUGACUAUUUCUUGUGAUCCUGGAUACUUCCAAUAUUAUCCUAAACUCCGUUCAUUAAACGCAAAAUGCGUAGAAGGAGAAAAAUUGGAACUCGAGGAUGGGAAACAGGAGACAUGGAGCAGGAGCUUUGCCUGUGAAUUGCGCGUCGUUGAGGAAGUUAUAGCGAACAAUCUACCAGGAUGUUCAGUGGAAGAGGGAAAUAUUGAAGGAAUGGAAUUUGGCUAUAUCAAUCCCAUCAGAAGGAAAUCACUAAUUGUUGGAGAGGCUUGCUACUCCACCAAGGAAGGACGAACAAUCUUUGUGCAUGCAAAGUCUGAACCCCUGAGAGCCGAGGAUGAGCGAUAUUUGAGGUCAGGACCCCAUCCUGAAUCCAGGAAUAAGAUGGAUUUAUUCAGAGCUCUUCGACAGGAUUCUAUAAAUAGUCGUCUGGAGAAAAAGAUGGACAAAAAUGACAUUCCUCUGAUGGGAUCCAAAACUCUUCUUACUGCCUCAAUGCUGAACAAUCCUCAACUUCAUCUCAUGAACAGAUUGACCUGGAAUUACGCCAUAUCUUAUAAUCACGACGGGAUGCAUCAUUGGAAAGAUUUUCAGAGAGGCUUGGAAAAAAUAACUGCAAAAAAUCAUGUGGAAAUUUGGGCAGGAACUUCAGGAUUGCAGAGUUUGAAUGACAUCUCAGGAGUUUUAUUUGAUUUUUACCUCAAGGACAACAAAUUCCCUGUACCUAAGUUUCUCUGGCUGGUGGUCAAGCAAGGAGACAAAGCCACAGGAUUUCUCUUUAGCAAUAAACCCAAGGACUUGAGGAGAUCCAUAGACAAGGAGUGGAAGCCAUGCUCAGAAAGCUGCUCAAACUAUUGGUGGUUUCCUGAUUUCAAUUACGGUCCUGGUUCCGAUCCUGAUUCCGUGCAUUGCUGUUCAGUAGAAAAUCUACGACAAAUUGUCCCAGAAGUUCCUGCAAUACCUGGCAUUACAAAAAUGCUGGACUAUGGAGAGAAUGUAGAAAAAUCAAUGGAUUGAAUUAAUCUUUUUCGAAUAAAAUGAAUUUUAUU